AUGCCGGUCUCGAAUCGCCGACGAGGCCCUCAGCUCACGUCGAUUGUGCUGCUAGCGCUCAUUGCCUGCUUCUAUGUCGGUCUUGGCUUCCCCAUCCCAUCAGGAAGUCCGGUACAAACCGACCCAAAUUACGGCCUCGUCGAAGUCACAUCAGCCUCGUCCAAGUACGCGGUCGCGACGUUCUUAUGUGAGAACUAUGUUGAGAACGCGCCGGACAACUACUUCACCGGCGUGAGGAUGCUAAACUAUCAGCUCCAGCACGCGGAUGCGACGAGGCUGAAUCGGACGGAUGUCAUGUUCCUGGUGAUGGUGACCAAGGCUGUUACCGCGGCGAAGAGGAUGCAGCUUGAGCGGGAAGGGGCCACGGUUGUCGAGGUCAAGGACGUUCCGUUGCCGUGGUGGAUUUACUCGGGAGUCAAGAAGUGGAAAGACCAGUUCACCAAGCUUAGACUCUACGAGUUCGAGGACUACGAUCGCAUCGUUUUCAUCGACUCUGAUACACUUAUUACUCGCCCCAUUGACACCAUGUUCGACUCCCUUAUGCUCCAAACCCCAGCCAAAACUCACUUGAACAACACCGCUCAGAUCAGGAACGAUGAGCACAAGCUCCCGGCCCAAUACGUCUUCGGUGCCCGCUCAGACAACGCACUUGCCGGCGAGCGCGAUCAUCCCUAUCCACCAACACCGAGCAGUGUCUUCUCGGCCGGAUUCUGGGUCGCUGCACCCUCGCGCGAGAUGUUCAAGUACUUGAUGUCCGUGAUGAAGCGUUGGAGACGGUUCGACCCAUUUACCAUGGAGCAGAGUUUGCUGAAUUAUGCAUUUCGGAGGGAGGGACCCAUGCCGUGGACGGAGUUGGAUCCGGAGUGGAGCGCGACUUGGCCCAACGGGAGGGAUGUGGAAGCCAGAGUCGCGACGUUACACGAGAAGCUGUGGGUCGUUGGGCCUGACGAUCUGAGGGCAAGAUGGGAAGGGGUUAGGUUGGAGAUGGAGGCCUUCUACGAGGGAAAAGGGUGA